CCUCAUCAGCAGCCGCUCAUAUCUGGUGACAUCGCAUCCUUCGCUGGAAGAUGCUGAGGGCGGAGGAAGCGCAGCAUCCUCCUCUCGACGAUGGGAGCUGCGACCGGCUCGCACGGGGCGUGUCCGUCUGACUCGCGCGUUCCGCUGCUGCCGCCGCACCUGGAUGGAGACUGUGGCCAUCGCCCGAGAUAAAGGAUCUUAAUUCCUUUUACUACUUCUUCUUCUUUUUUUUUCAACGUGCCGAGGAUAGCCCUCUGUCACCUCGGGCCAAAACAUGUCCAGAGCCAAGCACUGCGAGUCGGUGCGGGUGGUGGUCCGCUGCCGGCCGCUCAGCAGGAGAGAGGCGGCGGAGAGCGAGAACGUCCUGCACGUCGACGACAAACUGGGCCAGAUCACCCUGCGGAACCCGAGGGCGCCACCCGACGACCCCGCGAAAGUCUUCACGUUCGAUGCCGUGUACGGCUGGGAGUCGCGGCAGACCGACAUCUACGACGACGCGGUGAGACCCCUGGUGGAGUGCGUGGUGCAGGGCUUCAACGGGACCAUAUUCGCCUACGGACAGACCGGGACGGGUAAGACGUACACCAUGCAGGGGGUGCCGGGGGACCCCGAGAGGAGAGGGGUCAUACCCCUCUCCUUCCAGCACCUUUUCACGCAAAUAUCCAGAACUCAGAAUCAGAAGUUCCUGGUGAGGUCCUCGUACCUGGAGAUCUACCAGGAGGAAGUCCGGGACCUGCUGUUGAAGGACAACAGCAGGAAGCUGGAGCUCAAAGAAAGCCCGGACUCUGGGGUCUACGUGAAGGACCUGUCCUCGGUGGUGACCAAGAACGCCGCGGAGAUCGAGCACGUGAUGAACAUGGGCAACCAGUCCAGGUCCGUGGGCUUCACCAACAUGAACGAGCGCAGCUCCCGGUCCCACGCCAUCUUCGUGGUCACCGUGGAGUGCAGCGAAGUGGGGCCGGACGGCGAGGACCACAUCCGCGUCGGCAAGCUGAACAUGGUGGACCUGGCUGGCAGCGAGCGCCAGAGCAAGACGGGCGCCAGGGGGAAGCGGCUGAAGGAAGCGGCCAAGAUCAACCUGUCGCUCUCGGCACUGGGGAACGUCAUUUCGGCUCUGGCGGAUGGGAGGAGCGCCCACGUCCCGUACAGGGACUCCAAACUGACCCGCCUGCUCCAGGACUCGCUGGGCGGCAACGCCAAAACAGUCAUGAUGGCGACGGUGGGGCCCUCGCACGGGAACUUUGACGAAUCCCUGGCCACGCUCCGGUACGCCAGCAGGGCCAAGAACAUCAAGAACAAGCCCCGGAUUAACGAGGACCCCAAAGACGCCCUGCUGAGGGAGUUUCAGGAGGAGAUCGCUCGCCUGAAAGCGCAGCUGGAGAAGCAGGGGAUGCUCGCAAAGGAGAGGAGGAGGAGGAGGAGGAGGAGGAGGAACAGCAGCAGCAGCAGACUGAGUAGAAGCGUGGCCGGUGUGGAGGAGGAGAUGCUCAAAGAGAGGGAUGCAGAGCUCUGGGAGGCCCUUCAGGAGGAGGCCGAUGUGAAACGCCACGCGAGACAGGAGGGCGGCGACGACAGCCCCAAGGGUCCGACCUGCCAGGGGGGCAGCGAGAAGUCCGAGCCCCUGAGCGAACACAGAAAGAGCGUGGAGGAAACGCAGUGGGAUCAGGAGGCUUUGGAGAAGAUCAUCGAGAAAUACAAGACUAUGGAGAGCAAACUGUUGGUCGGAGGAAAGACGAUAAUUGAUCACACCAAUGAACAGCAGAGAACGCUGGAGAUGAGGAGGCAGGAGAUUGCAGAACAGAUAAGAGGGGAGAGAGAGAUCCAGCAGCAGAUGAUGCUGCAGGAUGAGGAGACCUUGGAGAUGAAAGAAACCUUCUCCUCCCUGCAGCAGGAGGUGGAACUCAAGACAAAGAAGCUGAAGAGGUUGUAUGCCAAACUACAGCUGGUGAAGGCAGAGAUGAGAGACGUCAUCGACGAACAUGUCAUGACCAGGCAGGAGCUGGAACAGACACAGAAUGAGCUCACCAGAGAGCUCAAGUACAAAUAUCUCUUAAUUGAGAAUUUCAUUCCUCCCGAGGAAAAGAACAAGAUAAUGAACAGGCUGCACUUUGACAGUGAGGAGGAUCAGUGGAGACUCCAGCCGGUCCUUCCGUCAGAAAGUGCACCCAGUCGGGUCAAGAGAAGGCCUCUCUCGGCUGUGGGAUACAAGAGGCCAAUCAGCCAAUAUGCACAGAUGGCUGUUGCCACGGCAACUGGGGCCCCAGCUCGAUACCAGGCUGAGAAUAUAAUGCUGUUGGAGUUAGAUAUGUCUCCACCAACCAUGUUCACCCUGAACCUUAACGGAGCUCACCUGGAGAGGGCCUUCUCUCCGAGACUGAUGCGGGACCUUCUGGUGAACGUCCCCAUCAGAGAGGGGACCACCGCGUCGUCACGGGUCAGGAAGUCCCAAUCCUGGUAUCAGGCACCGCGAGCGGCAUCUGUCACGUCGUCGUUAUCCUCCACCACUCUGACGACGUCAGGAUCUCAGAGCUUCUCUCCCUCUCACAGACCGAGACCGUCCUCUGCUGCCUAUCUUCCGACGGCAGGUCCAGAUCAGACGAGCCCCUGAUAUGUGUGUGUCGACGGACCUCUGUUGUGGGACUUGACCUUAUAGUUCAAGGUGGCACCGAAUACUCCAGGGGCAUCUGGGAGAGGUGGCGGG